GGUAAGGAUGCAGUGACGCAACUCGCCGCCAGGUGUCGCAGGUGUUCCCUCCCCUUCCAUCUGCGCGUGUGUUAUUCCGCAUUACAGCGGUUUCCUCCGUGACCUGGUUUAUAAGUUUCUUUCACGUGCACCUCCGAUUUGCUCUCGAUUAUAAAUAAUAUCAUGCGAUAUUUAGAUCGCGGUUCUUAUGCGCGCGGUGACGGAGGGGUGCUGGAGAUCACGUGACCUCUAUUUACCAAAAGGUCGUCCUUGCCUGUAAAUCGGAUUUCAGUGCGCGCGCACUUACACGCACACACACGCACACACACACACGCACACGCAGACACCAACACAGAGCGCGUACCCGCUCUUUAUCAGGAGUAACAUGACAGAUCAGGCGUUUGUCACUCUCGCUACAAAUGACAGCUAUGCUAAAGGAGCGAUGGUGCUCGGGGUGUGUUUGAGGAACCACAAAACAUCUCGGAAUCUCGUUGUACUGAUUGGAGACGACGUUUCUCAACCCUGCAGGUCAGUCCUCGGUCAGAUCUUUGACGAGGUGUGUGCGGUCAGUGUGUUGGACAGCGGAGACGUCCCUCGCUUGGCGAUGAUGAAGAGACCCGAACUCAGUGUGACCUUCACCAAGCUGCACUGCUGGAGCCUCACACAUUACUCUAAGUGUGUGUUCAUGGAUGCAGACACACUGGUUCUGUGUAACGUGGAUGAGCUGUUCGAGCGUGAGGAGCUCUCAGCUGCUCCUGACCCUGGCUGGCCCGACUGCUUCAACUCGGGAGUGUUUGUGUUUCGGCCGUCGAGGGAAACGUACACCGCGUUACUGACGGCCUGCACUGAACACGGCAGCUUCGACGGUGGAGAUCAGGGUGUGUUAAACAGUUAUUUCAGUGACUGGGCUACAGCUGAUAUCGCUAAACACCUUCCCUUCAUCUAUAACCUGAGCAGUGUGUCCAUCUACACUUAUCCACCGGCGUUCAGACGGUUCGGCCACAAUGCCAAGGUGAUCCACUUCCUGGGUGAGAAGAAGCCGUGGGACUCUCAGCCUGGUGAUGAUGACGGUGGUGAUAAAGAGAGCAGCAGUGAGACUGGGGGUGGUUUUUCCUCUCUGUAUCCUGAUUACACUCAGCAGUGGUGGCAUGUGUUUAAGUCGUCAGUGCUGCCGUUCCUCUCGAAGGAGUACUACACAAUACACACUAUACCGGUCUCGGACACGCCCAGCACUGAGAAGAGUGUGCAUGCUGAGGCAGCACAGCAGGAGGAGCAUGUUCCUCCGCCAGUUCCUCGAACCUCCUCACUGGAAAGGAAGCAGAAAUGGGAGCAGGGAGAUGCUGAUUAUCUCGGAGAGGACUCGUUCACACACAUUGAGAGGAAACUCGAAUCUUUCCUAAAGUGAACAACACACACACACACACAUCAGAUUAUACUUUCAAAAGUAGGGAUGCACCGAUACUGAUGUUCCGAGCAAAACAAAAAAAACAACGCUCUGGCGUGUUGCUUUUGGUGAUCAUACGCUAUCGCCAAGGCAACGAACGUUUAAUAAGCAAUAAAAAUCAGACUUUAUAACCAGCUGAACGUAAACGCUUUUUAAAAACAUGAAGUAAAACCUGCUCUUCUCCUUUCAAGCUAAGGAACCGAGCUCGCAAAUUUUAAAUAUUGACAGCUAGAUAAGAACAAUACUAGCAUCCCAAGUGCAUGAACAAACCUUGUGUGUAAUCUUCUUCAACUAGCGAAACGUGUAGCUAAUGCUUUCUGUAUCUAUAACAUCAAAUACUAAAAUACUAAAAAAGUAGAAAAAUUGAUACCGGUGCAUCCCUGAGUCAAGACAAAUAAUAUAUAUUUUUUUUAAUGCAAAAAAAAUUACCUCAAAAUCCGAACAUGUGUCUCAGUCUUCCACACAAAGUUUCUUUCACUCUCACCUUUGUGAUUGAUUGCAAUAUUCUCAAGUGGGCUGGGUUUCAAGUGGUCUUAAUUGGCUGGUUGUAAUUAGGGUUGCAAAAUUCCAUGGGAAUUCACUGAAUUAAUGGAAAUAAACUGUGAAUUUACUAAAUUGCAGGUUAGCCAAUAACAGGGAAAUUUAGUGUAGUUAAAAAAAUGUAUAUAACGUGGGUAAAUAUAUUUUAUCUAUGGUAUUAAAGGUUUAACUAGCAAUUACCAAAAUUGAUUUUUUUACAAUAGCUCGGCAGCCAGUAAAUCAGAUAUGCUAAAUGUAAGCUUGCACUCUUUCAUUGACAAUUUAUUCAGUUAGCUCAAGCUGUGAUUCUCCUUCUUCUACCUUCUGAUAGCCAGUUUUCAGUUCUCAUAUAAAAGUACAGUCACAAGUUUGGACACAUUACUAUUUUUAAUGUUUUUAUAAAAAGUCUCUUAUGCUCAUCAAGCCUGCAUUUAUUUGAUCAAAAAUACAGAACAAAACAGUGAUAUUUUGAAAUAUAUAUUAAGAAAUAUCUAUAAUUGUUAAACUUACAAUUAAAUAAAAAUUUCUUUAAAAAUAAAAUCUGCAUUAGUUUGCAUGCGUCAGCUUAUGACCAAACAAAAUGUUUAAAAUUAUGUUUGUAUAUGAAUAUAUACAUUAUUAAAUGCAUGCAUUUCCACCAAAUUUCUAAUUAAUUUCCAUUAAUUCCUGGUACAUUUUUAACUUCAAAAUUCUGCAGAUAAAGUUCCCAUGGAAAUUUUCCGCACCUUUGCAACCCUACUUGUGACGCGAAAGCGAACGAACAGAAGUCUGAUAACGGGAAGACACUGACGAUGAUCUGCUCUGUAGUGCCAUAAUGGACACAAAAGGGGGUGGGGCUUCGAGCAAAACUCUUCAAACAUUUACGCCAUCUAUCCAGAGUGUCCUACAACUGAGCAGGGGAGGGUUAAGGGCCUUGCUCAAGGGCCCAGCAGUGGCAGCUUUGGUGGUGGUGGGAUUUGAACUUGUGACCUUCCGAUCCUAAGUCUAAGUCCAAUGCCUUAACCACUGAGCUCCCACUUCCCCUUUAAAGAGCUGUAAAAUAGAUUAAAAGUAUAAAACGUAGCACUUCUGGGUAAAUUAUCAUGCUAGUUUUAGAAUGCUGUUGUUUCUAUUACAGUUAGCACUUAUUUUUUCCACACCACAAACCAACGCUGCCUUCAUGUUCCCUUCAGUCAUAAAUACUGUGAGCUUCAGAAACAAUGUUUUGACUUUCAGCCUGUAAUCCUGGUCUAGAAAAGAUGUAGCUAGAUACCUUCGGUGUUGAACUAUAAAUAUAAUUUUCCUCACAGAUCAUGAGCUUGGGUCUGAAGCAUCAUCGCUUUACAUUACUAGUAAAAUAAGAUAAGAAAAUAUUAGAGUUAUAUUAUAGGAAGUGGAUGGGAUCCUGAUUGUUCCAGGGCAAAUCCACUCAACAGGAAACACCACCAACCACUCUGUUAGCAUUAAUGUAUUAGCAUAAAUGAGUAUUUAAGGCCUUAUAUACUCAAACUCUAAAAAGAAUGUUUACCACAAAUAAAGAAUUAGCAUUUCGGC